AUGGCGCACGAGACUACCCAUUGGAACCAUUUCAGUGCUCGUCCUUCCAUGCACACUGCCGCCCUUCUAACUUCUCCUCCUCCGCAACUUAUUCACCUGGAAGUAUCUAUCGGCUCGAAUAGCCACCAUGGGGUCCUCACCGUAAAAAACGAAUUGGUGAACAGCUUUGUUGGUUUCUGUUACAGGGCAUUCAUGGUGGCACAUGCAAUUGGUGAUGUAAUUACUGGUGAUGUGUUAGAACCUGAAGUUGUAGUAAAUGCAUCACCAUCAGUUGGAGGCUUGUUGGAUUCACUGACAGGCAGUAUUGGAAUAUCAGGCAUCUCCUCUAGAGCAAAACCUGUUGCAGCACCAGUUGCUUCUUCUGCACCUUCUGGCACUGCUGUGGUAGGAACUGUUACAUCAGAUGCACCAAAACUUGGUUCAAGGGCUUUGGAUAAGGAUGCACUUCGAAGUUUUAUAAGCAGCGCAAUGCCCUUUGGUACACCUGUGGACCUGAACUACUCUAAUAUUUUUGCAAUCAAGGUUAAUGGCUUUUCUUCAUCAGAUCUGCCUCCUCAAGACCUCAAGCAACCACUAUGGAAACCAUAUUUGUACAAAGGAAAACAGAGAUUGUUAUUCACAAUUCAUGAAACAAUUCAUGCUGCAAUGUAUGAUAGAGACGAGAUUCCUGAUAGUUUAUCUGUCUCAGGUCAAAUAAACUGUCGAGCAGAAUUAGAGGGGUUACCCGAUGUGUCAUUCCCAUUUACAGGGUUGAACACUGCUCACAUUGAAGUUUUAUCUUUUCAUCCUUGUGCCCAGGUUCCAGAGCAAGGUGUUGAUAAGCAGGCUGUGAUGUUUCAACCGCCACUGGGUAAUUUUGUUUUAAUGCGUUAUCAGGCAAUGUGUGGCCUUGGACCUCCUGUCAAGGGGUUUUACCAAUUGUCAAUGGUCUCUGAAGAUGAAGGUGCAUUUUUGUUCAAGUUGCAUCUAAUGGAAGGCUAUAAGGCUCCUCUGACAAUGGAGUUUUGUAAUGUCACCAUGCCCUUUCCUAGGAGAAGAGUUGUGUCUUUUGAUGGGACUCCAUCAAUUGGAACAGUUUCAACCACUGAGCACUCUGUUGAAUGGAAAAUUGUCACAAGUGGACGGGGCUUUACUGGGAAAAGUGUUGAGGCAACUUUCCCUGGAACAGUUAAAUUUGCAUCAUGGCAAAUCCAAAGGCUACCUUCGUCUAGGUCAUUGAUUGGGAGCACAGUAGAUGAAGAUAGUGAUGCUGAGACAGAGAAUGCAAACAAUAUGGUUAACAUAGAGGAGUAUUUAAUGGAGAAAAUGAACAAGGAUCUUCCUUCAGUUGAUCUAGAGGAGCCAUUUUGCUGGCAUGCAUACAAUUAUGCUAAAGUUUCUUUCAAGAUUGUUGGGGCUUCAAUAUCUGGAAUGUCAAUUGAUACUAAAUCUGUAAGCAUUUAUCCAACUGUAAAAGCACCUGUAGAGUUCUCAACUCAGGUUACUUCUGGGGAUUAUAUUUUGUGGAAUACACUAGGAAAGUGCCCUUCUGUUGCUACAACACAAUUGUAGGGGGCUGGAUGGCAACUAAGGAGCAUUUGUGAUGAGAAGGAUGCUUCUGUUGGCCAACUACUCCCUGAUUGUAUGUAUGCUAGACUG